UCCAACAAAAACAUUAAAAUUAAAUUUAGAUCAUCCAGCUGUCAAAGUCAUGAAUGAAGCUUUGGAAGACAUACUCAACUUUAAAAAGGACGAUGCAGAGGAUUAUUAUUCUGUCUUAGGAUGUGAUGAAUUGUCUUCUAAGGAGCAGAUUGUUGCGGAAUAUAAAGCAAGAGUGCUGAGCUGCCAUCCUGACAAACACCCUGGGAAUGCAGAGAAAGCUGCAGAGUUUGAGAGAAUACAGACCGCAAAGGAGAUACUGACGGAUGAUGAGCGCCGGCAGAACUAUGACAAGUGGAAACACUCCGGCAUCUCAGUCACCUUCAGCAAUUGGUGUGGCAUGAGAGACGCAGUACACACGUCUAUGCACUGGGCCAGCCCAAAGAAGGAGACAAUGUUGGAGGGAACCGAAUCCCAGCAGCAACAACAACAACAACAGCAGCAGGAGGGACAGGGUACCAACAUUAUACAAGUGGACGAGAACCAGGAACCAGCACACCCUGAUUUUCUUGGAGCAGCCAAGUUGGAUGAAGCCAAGAGAGCAGAUUUUGGGUGGAAGAGAGAGCCAGCGUCUGACGUGUUAAGGAGGUUCAGGAAUUAUGAGAUAUAAUCUCCAGUUACAAGAUCGGCAUUUAGAAAUUGCCAAAAAGACAUUUUACAGAACUCUUGUAGUGGCCAAUGUUUCCAAUUUAAGCAAAAAUAUACAUGAGUAUCAUUUUGAAAUAGUUUCAAAUAAAACUUUGUACUGUAUUUGAAAUACUUUUAAAAUUUUAGAAGCCAAUGGUGAUUUUGUCUACUGGUAGUGCCAACAUUGAACUAUAUUGUAACAGAAGAACAUUUGCUUGCAUGUAGUUAAACUGUUGUAAAAGUUAACAAGUAUUGUUAUUAUAAAUCAUUGUUUUUGUGUGUAUGGAAUUUGAGAGAUCGGUUUCUUGCAUACCAGAUAGGAAUUUCUGUUGUUUCUACCAGUGCCAGAUGAUUUGAUCUUUAACAUCCCCAUAUAAGUUGAGUCGCGCAAAAAAUACACAUAACAUAAUCAUUUAAUCAUUUUGGUUGGCUUUUUAAAAUAUAAUAGCAGAUUAUAAAAUAAAAAUUGUUUACACCCGGAGUAGGCAAGCAAUACUAGUUAUUACAGCAUGUUGUUCUGUUCUUAAUUAAGGGAUUAAACAUUCUGACCUACCAACAAAAGUGUGGAAGGGAACAGGCAAAGACUUUUUAAGGAUGGCCUUAUUUAAAAGUUAUGAUCAUUUUUAGGUUUUUAUACCCAGGUAUUUGUUUUAUAUAUUUAUAUACAUGUAUUUGAAGACAUGACUAUUAAAUACUGAAUAUAAUUUUACUUAAAUUGUACUUAUUUAGUAUUAAGAUAAUGUUUGUUAAGUUUUGUUGAUAUUGUUAUAUAUUUUGCAUACAUUCCAUUUUUUCUAGUCAUUUAUUUAAAGGUUGGCAUUUAAAUUUUAGUGAUUUAACCUUUUUAUGUAUAUUAUGCAAAAAGUAUUUUUCUAUCUCAAAAUAUCUUAUUCUCAUUCCGGCAUGUACUUUAGACAAAAUUUUAUUCUACAGUGAAUCUAAACUUGAUACUUCUGGUAAUAGUAAACCAGAUACUAAUCUAGGAAGAAGAGCCUUUAAAACUUUUUAACAGGUCUUAAUUUUGAUAGAAUUGUGAUUUAAAAGUUUGUCGACAUUCAGAUGUUUGGGUUACUGGUUAUCUCCUGUCUUGAGUGAAAUUGCAUGUCGUAACAUGGUGUUGUUUAUCUUUGUAUAAUUAGUACCAUUAUUUCUCAUUUUGAAAAAAUACUAAUGUUUUUUUUUUCUAUUUUACUAUCUUUGAAUACUUGGUGUUAAAUUUGAACUGUGAAAAGCAUACAUUUUUUUUUGUAAAAUCUGUGAUAAAUCAAUCCUGCCAUACUUUUACUGUCCAAUCAGUUUCUAUUGACAAAGAGAUUCAGAGGCAUUAUUUAUUCCUCUUAUCAAAUGAAUGAUCUGAUUUUGGUAAUCUUUUUAACUUACAUUUCUCUCUGUCAAGUGAUAAGAUCAUAUACAUGUAUUAGAUUUAGUCAGUUGGAUACCGACCUAGUAAGAGCUUGGUUUUCUUCAAAAUUUUAUAAAAUCAAUUCAGCUUUUUAUCCUCUGCCAAACCAAAGGUUUCGUGAUGCCUGAUGGGGAUAUUGUUUUGGCUUUGUCUGUCCUUUUUCUUUCUUUUCGAAACCAUAUCUUGGUUGUGAUAGGUAAGAUAACGUUCUUCUUGAUGAAAUCUCCACUGCUUGUGAAAGUGGGUCACAUUGGGUCAAAAACUAGGUCACUGUAGGUCAAAUGUUAUAAAACCAUUGGAGAAAUUAUAUUUGGUCCAAUAUUCAUGAAACUUAUUCAUUGAAACCAUAUCUUGGUUGGGAUUGGUUAGAUUAUGUUCAAACUUGGUCAAAAUAUUCCCCUUGAUCAAGUCCCAAUCCCUUGUUUAAAUAAAUCACAUGGGGUCAAAAACAAGGUCAAAUCUCAGAAAAUUCUCUUAAACACACAAGAGGUGUUGUAUUUGGUCUACUAUUCUUCAAAGUUAAUCAAAUGUUUGGCCUUGAUGAACUCUCAGAUAAAUUUAUAACUGGGAUACCGGGACAUGUGAUAAAAAAAAUUAGGUCUCUAGGUCAAAUAUUGGUAUUGAUAAGUCAAACUUUUUCAAACGGUGGGCAGAUUGUUCUCCUAGAUGUAAUAUUGACAGAUUUUUAAAACAGGUCACAUUGGAUCAAAAGCUAGGUCAAAAAGUAAAAUCUUCGAGAAAACAUUGGAAGAAACAGAGGUUAUAUAUCAGCUCCAAUCUUCAUAAAACUUAAGCAUAAUAUUUGCUUAAUGUCCAAUGACUUCUUGAAAUAGAUUGAAACUAGGUCACAUGGGGUCAAAUCUUAGAAAAACCUUUGGAACAAUCUUGAGGUUAUAUUAUUGCAAUAGUUCUUGUAAAACCUUCAUGAAACUUAAAUGAAAUAUUUCAUUAGUCUGAAACUGUGGAACGUGGGGUCAAAAACUAGGGUACUAGGUCAAAACUAAAUGCUACACUAUAAAGAUAUUCUUAUUUCAAACAGUUGCAAACAAACUCAAAUCUCAUAUCCAACAUUCGUAAGAGUCCAUCACUUGCAGCGAUAUUGCAUGAUAUUGUUGGAAUAUUCCAUUAACACAUGAUUUCCAUUCCAUCUUCUUUGCCUACGGUAAUCAAUCAGUGUAUAUCAAUUAAAAAAAAAAUGCUUGUUCCAAUUAACAGACAGCAACAGAUUCUCAUUUGAACAGUAUUGUAGUGGGUUUUUAAAAAAAUAAGAUUACACCUUUUUGAGGCAAAAUGAGGCAAUUUCUUCCAAUGUUCAAAUAUUGAUCAAUCUUAUUAUGAAGUCUUCCUGACAAAUACAUGCAAAAUUUAAAUUUUCUUACUGUAUAAAAUAUGUGCCCCUUCAAAGAUACUGCGGUGUUUCUAGUAGAGAACAUUAGGAAAUAAGCAAACCUGUUGUUUUUUUAAAUAAAAAAGUUUUUUUUAUUUUGUUUUGUUUUUUAGGGAUUGUUCAAGAUAAAGAUGUACAUUUAUGCUUCAAUGUCUAUAAUAAAUAUACCAAAGCCA